GUUAAGCCAAAAAACAACAAACAUAGACAGAACCCGAGAACCGUCGAUUGGGACACCCAAGGCACUUUAUUUGGUUUGGUAAUUGCUUACUUCUCGGCUUCUCGCGACUCUCAAGCGUAGUCGUUUGUUGGCAAAUUUCCAGCAAGCAGACCGACCAGUUCUUCCACCUCUCUCCAGUCUCCCCCUAACUUUUCUAUGCGUUCGGGAAACAAUGCUGGGUUCUCGAGCUUUGCUUGCGUGUCUGGUUAUUGCUUCAGUUGCUUACUUUGCGGUUUCAGCAGAGUUCUUUAAGCCAUUCAACGUAAGCUAUGAUCACAGAGCUCUUAUCAUCGAUGGGAAGAGACGUAUGCUCAUUUCUGCUGGAAUCCACUACCCUCGUGCCACGCCUGAGAUGUGGCCUGAUCUAAUUGCCAAGAGUAAAGAAGGUGGAGCAGAUAUGAUCCAAAGUUAUGUAUUUUGGAAUGGGCAUGAGCCAAUAAGAGGACAGUAUAAUUUUGAAGGGAGAUACGAUAUUGUCAAGUUUGUGAAACUGGUUGGAUCAAGUGGACUUUACCUCCAUCUCCGUAUAGGGCCUUACGUGUGUGCUGAAUGGAACUUUGGGGGUUUUCCAGUCUGGCUACGUGAUGUCCCUGGUAUAGAAUUCCGGACCAACAAUGCACCAUUCAAGGAGGAGAUGCAUAGAUUUGUCAAAAUGAUUGUAGAUCUAAUGCUGGAUGAGAUGCUCUUUUCUUGGCAAGGUGGUCCCAUCAUAUUAUUGCAGAUUGAGAAUGAAUAUGGAAAUAUUGAAAGUUCAUAUGGCCAGAGAGGAAAAGAUUAUGUUAAAUGGGCUGCAAGCAUGGCUAUUGGGCUUGGUGCUGGCGUUCCUUGGGUUAUGUGCAAGCAAACUGAUGCUCCUGAAAAUAUUAUAGAUGCAUGUAAUGGAUUCUAUUGUGAUGGUUUCAAGCCAAAUUCUUAUAGGAAACCAGUGCUAUGGACAGAGGAUUGGAAUGGAUGGUUUGCAUCUUGGGGGGGAAGGGUGCCUCAUAGACCUGUUGAAGAUAUUGCAUUUGCUAUAGCUCGUUUUUUUGAACGUGGAGGAAGCUACCAGAACUAUUACAUGUACUUUGGGGGCACGAACUUUGGACGAACAUCUGGGGGUCCAUUCUAUAUAACUAGUUAUGAUUAUGAUGCUCCAAUUGAUGAAUAUGGCCUGCUAAGCCAACCUAAGUGGGGGCAUUUGAAGGAUCUGCAUGCAGCCAUAAAACUCUGUGAACCUGCUUUAGUUGCUGUUGAUGACUCACCCCAAUAUAUAAAAUUGGGACCAAAGCAGGAGGCACAUGUUUAUCAUCAGUAUGAGGGUCUACACUUAAAUCAAUCAGGAAAGGAGAUCAGGUGCUCAGCUUUUCUUGCAAAUAUUGAUGAACGGAAGGCAGCUACUGUAAAAUUCUUCGGUCGGGUAUAUACUUUACCACCUUGGUCAGUGAGUAUAUUACCAGACUGUAAGAAUGUUGCUUUCAACACUGCCAAGGUUGGGGCCCAGACUUCCAUCAAAAGCUUAGGAUAUGGUUCACUUUCUUCAAAUAUAAUGGGACCUGGACAACCAUUGCAUCAUGAUGAAGUUUCAUUUGUAUCAAAAGCCUGGAAGACUAUAAAAGAACCAAUUGGUGCAUGGGGUGAAAGAAAUUUCACUGUGCAAGGCUUAUUGGAACAUUUAAAUGUGACAAAAGACACUAGUGAUUACUUGUGGUACAUAACCAGAAUAAAUAUGUCUGAUGAUGACAUUUCGUAUUGGGAGAAUACUGGAAUUAAUCCCACACUUAGCAUAAACAGUAUGCGUGAUGUGGUACGAAUCUUUGUAAAUGGCCAGCAUGCAGGCAGUACAGUUGGACAUUGGGUCCAAGUGGUGCAUCCUCUAAAUUUAUCACAAGGAUACAAUGAGCUGGCAAUAUUAUCCCAGACAGUGGGCUUGCAGAACUCUGGUGCCUUCCUUGAGAAAGAUGGAGCAGGAUUUAAAGGACAAAUUAAACUGACAGGAUUGAAAAAUGGAGAGAUGGAUCUUACAAAUUCAUUUUGGACUUAUCAGGUUGGACUGAAGGGUGAGUUCAUGAAAUUAUAUGCUUUAGAAAAUACUGAACAAGCAGAUUGGAUUGAGUUGCCACCAGAGUCAAGCUCAUCUAUGUUUACCUGGUACAAGACAUAUUUUGAUGUUCCUGAUGGAGUAGAUCCUGUUGCCCUGGAUCUGGGAACCAUGGGAAAGGGCCAAGCUUGGGUUAAUGGCCACAAUAUUGGAAGACACUGGUCACUGGUUGCUCCAAAAGAGGGUUGCCAGAAUACAUGUGAUUACCGUGGAACCUAUAAUGAAAGAAAGUGUGCAACAAACUGUGGUAAACCUACUCAAAACUGGAUGAUUGGGAGUGGGCAUGAGGCAAAUGGAAUCUACCACCUUGAUGUGCCACCUAGUAGAGGACUUCAUCAGAGUAAUCUCCUUGUAUGAUUUUCUUCCUUUUUUGUAUUUGCAAGGCUGUAUGAUUUUCUUCCUUUUUAGUAUCUACAAGGUUGUAUAUAUAUGUACUACUUUCUCAAUAGAAAGACAUCAAUUUCUUCUAAUUCUUGUUCUAUCACACAUACAAAUCUAUUUCUUCCUAGUAGAGGAUCAUGCUUUGGCACUUUUUCCUUGGUCAUUUGUCUUUUUAACCUUUGACUCACCUAUUUCCUACUUUAUUUUCUUCUGUUAAGUUUUUAGAGUUACCUUGUGAAAACUAUCAGUUUUCUAAACAUAAUAAAAGAUAUGUAUUUUCCUUAUUCAUCUCCAAAAAUCAUCUAAACUAGGGGAGAUUUAAAAAAACAAUCAAAUUCUUUAAUCUUCCAUGUGGAAAGAUUAUCCUAGAGUUACAUGAGUUAUAUCCAAAAUUCUCUUUGUGAAACCUUGCUUUGGUACCACUUGGCCAACAGAACUGUAAAAAGAAAUCAGAAAUAUAUAGAAAGUAAAAGAUAGGACAAGGAUAAGAGAAGAAAGUGGAAAGAAAGAUUUGAAAGGGAGUCAAAAAAUUUGGGCUUAUAGCUUCUUUCCACUAUAUAAACUACAACUAAAAUACAAUCUAAAAUGACUAGUCUACCCUUGGUUGUGUACAACCUUAUAGGACAGCACAAAAUGCAUAAAAAUGAAUAAAAGGAAAAAAGUGAACAAUUAAAAGCAACAUAGAUAAAUAAAGGAUGCAUUUCUGAACACUGUUCUACCCCCUUAAACUUGUGGCAGAUCACUUCUUACUGGUGUUGUUGAUGGUUUCUCUACUGCCCAAACCAUCUUCGUCUACACUCAUCCAUUUCAACAUUCACAUUUCUUCCACACAUUUUAUGGAUAUGUUAUUUCUUGACUACCUAACCAUGCACUCGAUACACCAUUGAUGGUCUUGUAAUUAGUUUUGAAAACCUAGAAGAAAAUAGAAGUGGGAGAGAAGGGAAUUCCAGAGAGGAAGAAAAGAGAAAGAAGAAAAAAUAAAAAGGCACCAAAAAAGAAUGGAGUUUGACGCCUUGUGUUCUAUUUAUACUAUUAGUGUGACAGCUAUACAAUAGAAAGAAAUAAAAAGACAAAAAAGCCCUUGUAGCCAUAACAUAACAGAAUUACAACAUUCCCCCUCAAGUUGGGUCAUAUAUGUUAGUAAUUGCCAACUUCUCACAUAACUCAUUCUGUCAUAGGUAGUGAAGUCCUUUUGUGAGAACAUCUGCAAGUUUCUCCUUAGAAUUGAUAUAAGUAGUACAAACUUUGCCCUUUUUGAGCUUCUCUUAUAAAAUGCUUAUCAACUUUAAUGUGUUUAGUUCUAUCAUGAAGGACAAGAUUGAUGGCAAUAUUUAUAACUACCUUGUUGUUACAACAAAGGGACAUUGGGUUAUCAACAGAGAAACCCAAUUCAUCAAUUAGA